UGCACCGCAGAUCUCUUCGGUUACUGAAACAGCUCUGACUAUCAAUAAUGAAGACAUUUCUACAAUAGAAAUGCCACCACAGCCAAGGAACAUUCUAUCGUACUGUGGCUCGACACCAACUCUGCGGGCAGAGGUGAUGUGGGUCCUUAAAACAGUCUCUGAGCACCACUCUUACACUUCAAAUGAAAACGUUACAGAGAUUUUUAAAAUCAUGUUUCCUGACUCUGAGGUUGCAGCUACAUUCUCGUGUGGAAGCAACAAAACAGCAUAUAUUACUAAAUUCGGAUUAGCUCCCUUUAUAACGAAAGAACUGACUGACCAUGUCAAUAUGUCCAACGGGUUUGUGAUCAUGUUUGACGAGAGUCUCAAUAAGAUGACGAAAAGUAAGCAGUUGGACCUUCAUAUUCGCUACUGGGUGGACGACCACGUUCAGUCACGAUACUUCGGCUCGCAGUUCAUGGGUCAUGCAACGGCGGUGGACCUGCUCAAACAUUUCAAAGAGUGUGUAUGUGACCUUGACUUGAGGAAAAUGGUCUCUGUGUCUAUGGAUGGACCCAAUGUUAAUUGGCGUUUUUUUGAGAUGCUGCAGCAGGAGCAUGCAGAGCAUUUUGGGGGUGCUCAGCUGGCAGUGGUGGGGAGUUGUGGCCUGCAUACUCUCCAUAAUGCCGUCAAAUGUGGAUUCACUGACUGGCAUAUGGAGAAGUUCCUAAGAGCUCUGCAUACAAUUUUUCACAAUGUGCCAGCAAGAAGGGAGGAUUUCUGUAAUCUCACAAAGUCCAAAAUCUUCGCUUUGCCUUUUUGUGGUCAUCGCUGGGUCGAGAACCUCCCUGUGGCGGAGAGGGCCCUUGUCAUCUGGCCAGACAUGAUGAAGUAUGUUGAGGCUGUUAGCACCAAAAAGCUUCCUAACCCUGGGACGUCCUCCUAUGAUACCAUUGCGGCGGCAACCAAAGACCCUCUCAUUCUGGCAAAGCUUCACUUUUUCAUGGCAGUGUGUCGAAGUGUAACACCUUUCCUUACCAGAUACCAGACUGAUGAGCCUGUGCUGCCUUUCAUUGGUAAUGACUUGGCUGAACUGCUGAAGAGUUUGCUGAGGCGAUUCAUCAAACAAGAACUUCUCAAUGAUGCCACACCUCAGCAUUUGGUCCGGCUUGAUGUUAGUGACAUGCAGUCCAGGGUUCAUCUAAGAGCUGUUGAUAUUGGCAUUGGAGCUGAGGCUGCAAUAAAGGUGAUCUGAUCAUUCAGCAAUUUUCACAAUUGUUGUCCCUGGAGGUGAGGAAUGAGAACUUCCUGUCUUUCAAGCCCC